AUGGCCUUCACAUCCCAGUACCGCAUGCCCGGAACCUACUUUGACGCACAACCCGCCGGAGUUCACCCUGGCGUCUUCCGACCACCCGCAUCCCCCUCCGCCGGCUCUUCCUACUGCUUCGCCAGGGCAAACAGCUACCACUCCGAGGCAAAUGGACCAUUGGCCCAGGCAAAGAGGAAACGCCGCAACGAUGCUUCACGCGAGGCUACGCCACUGAACGAAUGGAACGAUGGCAACAUGAACUUGGACAGCUCGAGCGAACUCCCCAGACACGAGACCCCUUUGCCGAUUCGAGGAGCCCGAUACACCUUGGCUGGCCAGCUCGAGACACCAGGUGCCGGCAUCAACACGGCUUUCGAGAACGGCACGUUGGAUGAGAGCAUGUACUCGGACGGCGACUACCGUAGAGCCCUGGGAUCAAAGCGACCGCACGAAGAAAUGGAAUCUCCUAUUCCCGGCCAGCCCACGAUACUGGUACAGCCCAGUCAUCCAGUCGCCGGCGGCUGGAGCCGAUUUGCCUUCAACACUAUUGGUGGAGUCGUAGGCAAGGUCUGGGAAUUUUGCAAGGCCGGAGCCUUCAUAGGCUUCUCCGCUGGAGGCGGCAAGGCUUACACUAUCGAUGGCCAGAGCCUCCCUCCCUCUGCGCCUACUGCUGCGAUUACUGCUGCGACUGUGCCUGUGUUUGUGCCUCAGCUAGAACCAUCCGAAAAAAUUGAUGAGAAGAACGAAUGGAGACACCAGCAAAGUCCCCCAGACUUGGAUACUUCCAUUGGGGACACCACGUCGCCCGGUGUAUUCCCUCCACCUACCCUUACAUCAUAUGCCCAGGAGCCACACCAAACUCUGAACCCCCAGCCCGAGCUCGAGGUCACGCCUUCGCGACCGGCCGUGAAACGCCGACAGACGAGUGCUGGGAACCACGACGAGCUGCGAAAUUGGGUUGUGGUGGACGAGUCGGCACCAGGCAAUAGGCCAGUAUCGAGGGCAUCAAUGCGACCAGCAUCCCGCAACAUGCGCCCUUCCAUGGUUACAGGCCGGAGGAUUAGUGUUCCCAAGCCACGUCUCAGCUCGAUACCGAUUCACAACCGCCGCCAAUCUACUACUAGCCACGACUGUAAUUCACACGAGACCGCGCCGCUAUCGUAUCAGGAACCGGCAAGCUUUGCCAGUGUGCGGUCACCGGAGCCACCUAGGACUUUGACUGGCCCAUCACCGAGUCGGAUUCCGCUUCCUUUGCAGUCCGCUGGCUCGAGCCCGAAUCCGUUUGCGAAAACGACCGUGUCUGCCCGGCGUCAGAGUGCCAUUCCGUCACCAGCGCAAUCAUUGAUGAGCCCACCUGUACGCUCGCAUCGCCGGUCCAACAGCAGCGCCUCGGCAGCGUCACCCCGUGGUAAACUCAAGGAGUUUGGAGUAGACUCUAUCCGUGCAAGCCCUCGACUGGACGUAGAGGCCAAGAAAUUGGCAGCCAGGCGAAUCAAAGACGAACAUGACACCGAUGCACGGAUUAACGAUUUCAACCAGAGGCUCAAGGAGAUGAUUCGCCAAGGAAGGGAGGCUCUUGGCACCAAAGUCGAGGUUGAUGAUGAUGGAUGCGGUUGGGAGGAUGAUUAA